AUGCAGAAUGAUAGAUUGUUAGCUCAUACACUCAUAUUAUCAUCAGUUUCAUCUCCAUGUGGAAAUUUUUUAAUUUUUGGAACAAACACACAAAGAUUACUUAUUUAUUCAUUAUGCUCAUUGUCUUGUGAUGCACAAAUCGAAGGAAAACCACAGUGUAUAAUCAAUGUUAAGAAAGCAAAAUCUAUUUAUGCAUUAUGCUUUGCUAAAGAUUAUGUAUUUUGUGGAACAGUUGGUUUAAUUAUUAUAUACAAAUGGACUUCACCGACUGAUGGAUUUUUAAAGUAUUAUGACACAGUUCAUGUAACACCUUCAAAUCUGUAUACAACUAUUUCUGAAGUUACUGGCUUGACUUUUAACACGGAGAGUGAUUCAUUAUUAGCAGCAUUGGGUGAUGGAACUAUUCAUACCUUUUCUGUUGGUUGUGAUAUCAGAGAGAAUUUAACACUUGUGGCACAUAAAACGACUAUUUACAAAAUUUGUAAUGUUGGUGUGCAUGAGUUUAGUACUUGUUCUGAGGACGGUACUGUUUGCUUCUGGGAUCAUAGAGUAUCAGCAAGUGGAAAUUUUAAAGCUUCAUCUAUAUUUAAACCUUAUCUGAUUGAUGAAUUGUCAAGACCUAAGCUUGGACCUUGGUUAACAGCAUUAUCAUGUAAGCAGGGUGAAGAGGAUUGGUUUGUUACAGGUGGUGGUCCUCGACUUGCAUUAUGGAGUAGGCGUGCUGGAAGAAAUGUUUCUACAUUACAUCCUGAAGGCUCAUCAUCUACUUGGUAUGCACAGACUGUUGUAUUCCGUGAUAUGGAUAAUGAUUCACGUAUUCUAUCCGGUGGUAAUUCCAACGUGCUGUAUAUGUGGGAUCAUAUGGGUAGCCUGUUAGCCUCACUCGAUUUAUAUGAUCCACCGAAUUCACGAAUUAGUCAUAUUCUUGUUGUUGAUACAUUUAAUUUAUCUGAAUCAGUAGAAGCUUUAAAGAUGAAGUAUCAUUCGAAUUCUGCUUUUGUUGUUGGCGGAUGUGGACCAGUGAUACGACUGAUUGCUAAUCUUGGUUAUCCUAUUGGUGUACUACAUUUAGCUUAAUCCUCUAUUAUCAUUGUACUUAUAAAAAAGUGUAUAUAUUUAUAAAAUGUUUCAUAAUACAUACAUACAUACUUUAAAUUGAAUUCUUUGUUUCUGUUUUGAGCAAAUAGCCUCAUUAUUCAUUCGUAUGUGUGAAAUUUUUAGGCACUGUGGUAGAAUGUAAUUCCAUAUUAGAUAAGUUUCUUCCAUAUAUGACAUAG